UUAUUGUGUGAAGAUAUAAGUGUUUAAUUUUCUGUACGUAAAUUUAUAGCAGGCGUUUGAAGAGAAGGUCUGCCGGGUCUUUAAACCUCUCUUCGUUGACAUUUCAUGCCGUAGCUCUUAUUCAAUAACAGUCACUGGUUCAUCAUGAUGAAGAUAACAAGAGGAAAUUAACUCAUUACACUUUAUCUCGGACUUUAACACGGGGCACACGGCACUGGGAGGAUGUCUCAGGUUCUGAGGCUUCUCUCGGGGGCCGUCCUGCCUCUCUGCCGGGCUGGAGCAGCCCGCGCUCGGCUCUCCUCGGUGUCUGCUGCUCGGCUCUUCACAGCCGGAUACCGGAGCUCGGCUGUCCCGAACAUCUCUCGGACUCCAGUGAACUUCCUCUCCUGUCGAAGAUUUCAGACCCUUCAGAGACGGCUCUACUCCUCUGAGCCCAAAGAUGGAAAAGGAGGAGCAGCAGGAGGAGGAGGGGGAAGAUCAGGUGGAGGCAAGAGAGGAGGAGGAGGGAAAGACUGGUGGAGUCGAUUACAAAAGGGAGACAUCCCCUGGGAUGAGAAGGAUUUCCGUUAUCUGGCGGUGACCGUGGCCGGAGUCGGCUCAGCUCUGCUGUACUUUUACUUCAGAGACAACGGCCGAGAGAUCAGCUGGAAGGACUUUGUUCACCGCUACGUGGGCAGAGGAAUAGUGGAACGGUUAGAGGUCGUCAACAAACAGUUUGUCCGAGUCAUCCUGGUGCCCGGAGCUGAUGCUGAUGCGAGCUACGUUUGGUUCAACAUCGGCAGCGUCGACACCUUCGAGAGGAACUUGGAAGCGGCGCACAUGGAGCUCGGUCUGGAGCCGUCACACCGACCCGCUGUCGUGUACAGCACAGAGAGUGACGGAUCCUUCAUGAUGAGCAUGAUCCCCACUCUGCUCCUCAUCGGCUUCCUGCUCUUCACACUGCGGCGAGGACCAAUGGGAGGAGGCGCUGGAGGCGGCAGGGGCGGGCCCUUCAGUAUGAGCGAGUCCACGGCGAAGAUGAUGAAGGACAACAUCGAUGUGAAGUUCAAGGACGUGGCCGGCUGUGAGGAGGCCAAACUGGAGAUCCUGGAGUUUGUCAACUUCCUGAAGAAUCCUCAGCAGUACCAGGACCUCGGCGCCAAGAUCCCAAAGGGUGCUGUGUUGUCUGGACCUCCGGGGACGGGGAAAACUCUGCUGGCUAAAGCCACAGCUGGCGAGGCAAACGUCCCGUUUAUCACUGUCAACGGCUCUGAAUUCCUGGAGAUGUUUGUGGGUGUCGGUCCAGCCAGGGUGAGAGACAUGUUUGCCAUGGCGAGGAAGAACGCUCCUUGCAUCCUCUUCAUCGAUGAGAUCGACGCCGUGGGGAGGAAGAGAGGAGGCGGGAACUUUGGAGGUCAGAGCGAGCAGGAAAACACGCUGAACCAGCUGCUGGUGGAGAUGGACGGCUUUAACACGGCGACCAACGUGGUGGUGCUGGCUGGAACCAACAGACCCGACAUCCUGGAUCCAGCUCUGAUGAGACCGGGGCGCUUCGACAGACAGAUCUACAUCGGCCCUCCUGAUAUCAAAGGCCGAGCGUCCAUCUUUAAAGUCCACCUGAGACCAAUCAAACUCGACCCCAACAUGGACAAAGACAUCCUGGCCAGGAAGAUGGCCGCCGCCACGCCGGGAUUUACCGGAGCCGACAUCGCAAACGUCUGUAACGAGGCCGCUCUGAUCGCUGCCAGACACCUGAACGAGUCCGUCAACGCCAAACACUUUGAGCAGGCCAUCGACCGCGUCAUCGGAGGUCUGGAGAAGAAGACUCAGGUCCUGCAGCCCACAGAGAAGAAGACGGUCGCCUACCAUGAGGCGGGUCACGCCAUCGUAGGCUGGUUCCUGGAGUAUGCUGACCCGCUUUUAAAGGUGUCCAUCAUCCCUCGUGGUAAAGGUCUAGGCUACGCUCAGUACCUGCCCAGAGAGCAGUACCUGUACAGCAGAGAGCAGCUCUUCGACAGGAUGUGUAUGAUGCUCGGGGGCCGCGUGGCUGAGCAGACUUUCUUCGGCAGGAUCACCACAGGAGCUCAGGACGACCUGAAGAAGGUCACACAGUCUGCCUACGCCCAGGUGGUGCAGUUUGGGAUGAGUGAGAAGGUGGGACAGGUGUCGUUCGAUCUGCCCCGGCAGGGCGAGAUGGUGAUGGAGAAGCCGUACAGCGAGGCGACGGCUGAGCUGAUCGACGAGGAGGUCAGGGAGCUGGUGGAGCGAGCGUACCAGAGGACCAUGCAGCUCAUCGAGGAGAAGAAGGAGCUGGUGGAGAUGGUGGGGCAGCGUCUCCUGCAGAAGGAGGUACUGGAUAAAGCGGACAUGUUGGAGCUUCUGGGCCCACGGCCAUUUGAGGAGAAGUCGACGUACGAGGAGUUCGUGGAGGGGACGGGGAGCUUCGAGGAGGACACGAGUCUGCCGGAGGGCCUCAGAGACUGGAACCAGGAGAGAGGGGGGGAGACGGAGGAGACGAACCAAAUUCAGGACAAACAGCAGGCCAUGUAGAGACGAACAACAAACUCUGCACAGAGGAAGACAGUUUUUACAGAGCCUGAAGGGUUUCCCUUAAAUUAGUAAUGUAGACCCUCUUUGUUCUUUGGUACACUCAGUUAAAAUCCACUUUGUCUAACUUAAUAACUUCUCAGGUUUACCCACUAUAUCUCCUUUAAAAACAACUCAAAUAUUUAAACACAGGCCCUAUUUUUAUUUACAAUUGAGACAUCAAACACAGGCUAUCAUUACACAAGGAUUUAGGUUCAGUUUUUGGGCUUUUAUGGCUUUAUUCUGAAAGAACAGUGGAUAGAGUCGAAGAGAGCGCAUUAGCAACAUUCUGAAGCUCUUGUUUCCCACCACAUCCACCCACUUCUCCAAAUGCUGCCAAAUUAUUUUGGUAAUUUAGACUGCUGUCUUUCUUGUCUGGUUAAAAAUAAGUGAAGAUCACAAAGUUUGUCUACUUUGAUACCAUCCAUCACUAAAAUAAUGGAGAUUUGAUCAUUUUCAAUUACAUCCAAUUGAGACCGUGCAUGGGGUUUUUCUGCAUUUUCCUUCUUUCUUUGAUCAAAAACAAAAGAUUGCCAACUGUUCUGUGUUUAGGAUAUGUAUUUUUUGGCCCUAUCAGUACCCUUAGAAAUUUAAAAAUUAAAAUUAAAAUUUCUCCAAAUUACUAAAUCUGCCCCUGAGCGGGAAUAAAGUAUUUUAUUUAAACUUUCAGAAGACGUUCAGAUGAAUCACUAACUCUGGGACUGUGGGAUCAUAAAUGAGACCCAUCAGGCUCUGUAGAAAGUCGAUCCUCAUUGCUGCCUUAAACAGGAGACCAACAUCAGUGGACUAGCUUUUUAAUAUUUCUGUAUUAAUGAUGCACAUUUUCCCUCUGUGCGUCUACAGACUGAUUUUAUCCUUUUAUUUAUUUGAUAAAAAGGGAGAUUUGCUCUCUGACUGAAGACUUGAGAAGAGGAAAGAGUCUCUAGAAGAGCUUUCAGCAGCAAAACUGAAGUGUUUUAUCAUGUUUUAGGAUUUUAAAUUUUAUGAUGUGAUGUUAUUUCGAUUCCUGCAGCUGUUUUUGUAAAGUUACUGCAGGAUUGGCUGAGAUUUUACCCAGCGUGGAUUCAUUUCACCACUGAUGCUGUAAAAACAUGCAGAGGAAUGUAAACAUUUAGUUUUAAUAACUGAACAGAAAGCUGCUACUUCACCACCUCAUAUCUCCACAAGAAAUAUUUCAUAUUUUCUCUGGGGGAUCUCUGAUGUAUUUUUAGUGAAAAUUACCCUGAAAUACAGAAACUGAAGUCAUUAGUGGUGACUUCAGGGAAUUAGACUUUCCUUUUAUCAGGUUUUACAUUUAUGGAGCAAAAACAUGUAUUGAGAUAAACUACUGCAUUUGGUGAGAAGUUUCCCUUAUUAAAGGUACAAUAUGUUGAUUUUUUGCAUUGAAAUGUCUUCAUAUAUUAAAGAAUUAC